AUGCCUCUCAACUACAACAAAUGGGACAAGCUCGAAUUGUCGGACGAUUCCGACAUCGAGGAGCAUCCCAAUAUCGACAAGAGGAGUAUGAUCAACUGGAAACGCCGUGACAUUCUCGAGAAACGAGACGCUCGUCGAGCCAGGAUCGCCCAUUAUCAAGCCGAGAUCGCCCUGAACGACGUGUUACACCCUCGACUGGUCUCUCUGAGGGAAUCCAUCACAUCCGCCACGAACUCCACUUCUACUUCAUCAUCUUCUUCGUCCAGUUCGGCUUCGCCCCGAGGCAUCUUCAGCCAAACGGUAGAAAAGCUGAAAACCUCCCCUUCGCCGGACAAACCUCCUACCGGGCACGAAAAGCAACCCACGUACGACGAGAUGAUCCUGGACCUCCUUAUCAGGAUCUACGCUUCCGCCAAGGAGACGCUCGCUGCGAAGUCUGAUGCGGACGAUCAGGCUUGGGGAGAGGUUUUGGGAAAGGAGAUUGAGAAGCAUGAGGUCGAGUUGAAGGAGAGGAAUCAAGAGUUGAGGGGGUUGGUCGAGAAGGAGGAGAAGGAGCAGGGGAGCAAGAUUACGAGUGAUGAUAUCAAGGAAGGGUUCUCGUCAGGGCACAUCAACAAGGCCUUGCCUUCUCCUUGGGAACAGGAAGAGUCGGAAAAGAAGAAGAAGGCGACCAAACCCGCUUCAAAGUCUUCCACCGUGUCUACGAUCGAGGUUCUCAACCCGUCCGCAUCUUCCUCCUCCACCAACCAGAACUCGGCAUCGACUUCCGGCCCGACACCGGAUCCCGACGACCAAGAAUCCGAACCCGUAGAGGAUAUCGAAGACCUAGACGAACCCCCUUCGAUGACACCUAGUACGACGGCCUUUUCUCGUCUCCCUCUCAGAGGAUACACCCAGUCCUGGGAGUUCAUCCAAAAGGACCCUUCGAUCCUCAUGGAGCGAAACACGGACGCCCUCUUGGCCGAGGCUUUCGAGGCCGAGUUGAAGGGAGAGGGCGAGAGGGCGAAGAGGUGUGUGCAUCAGGGGUUGAUGAUCCAGUAUUGUCGGAAAUUGGGUAAAGAUGGGGUGAGGUUGUUCUUCCAGAGGAUGCAACAAGGCGGACCCAAGGCGGAGUCCGUCUUCCAGACCGACGUCAACGACACAUACAAUCGAAUGUCCACCCGAUGCGCGCAGAUCAAGAUCGAACAGGCUCAAUCUGGCGGAGGGGAACGCGAGACGAUUCAGCUCGUCGCCGAAGAUCCUAGUACCAAGAUCGGGUUCAACAUCCCAGACGGUCCUGUCCCGGAAAACCUCGUCAUCGAGGGUUUGGAAGAAGGGCAAGAGGUGGAUAUCGAGGAGAUCAAGGUGUUUUUGAACCAGAAGUGGGAGUAUUUCCAGGGGUUCCCAGAGAAUCUGAAGAGGGCGAUGAAGUCGGAGAGUCUGGACGAGGUGAACAAGGUGCUCGAGAGGAUGAAUUUGGAAGAGGCAGAGGAGAUUGUCAGGAAAAUGCAGGAAGGGGGGAUGCUGAGCUUUAGUGAAAGUGGAGUGCGAGACAUGACGGGCAAAGAUUAG